AUGAUUAAUUCUUAAGUUCAAUUGAAGCGGGAGCAAUUUGUAAUUCAAAUUCGAAAGCAAGCUAGAGAAGAGAUCUUCUCAAAAAAGAGACUAACAGUCUUGAAUGGCAAUCUAGAUGCAGACUUGAAGUGCUCCCCUGAUGAAAUGAUAUUCUAAAUUUAUAAAAGUUUUAUGCUCAAGGACUUUAAGACUCUCAAGGAUUUACUAUAUAAGUACAACGAGCAAUUCCUUAUAAUUCUUUUAAGGAAGUAAUAGGCUGAUAAUAUCUUCAUGAAUCAAUAUAUUAAUCAUUUUGGUGUAAAUUAAGAAACCAUCCAAUUAUUCAUGCAAAUUUUGCAAAUGUCUGAUAUUCCACAAUUAGGCAGCAUAGAUGAAAUUACAAUACUUUGUAUAAACCAAGUGCUUGUGAUAUUGGUUAACAUAACAUAUCUGACUGCUCCUUAAAUCAUUAACAAUUUAUUGAGCCAGGAAAUAUAGGACAUCCUUUUAAACGAUAUAUUGGGUCGAAUGAAUACAAAAAAAAAUUUAGAUGAGAAUUUGGAGGUUUGGUAAUCAAUAAUCGACAGUCUCUGUUAACUGUUUAUUAAUUUGUUACUUGAUUUGAAAGAUUAAAGAGGAGUCUAAAUGAAAAUUGAAAUAUUGAAAUCACCUUUCUUUAAAAUAUGGCAAUAUAUUUAUAAGGAGUACCCACCAUAAUAACUUUGGAUUUCAAUCUUGUAUUUAUAAUAACUGCUUUUCAUGGAACCAGCAAUCCAAGGCGUAGAAAUAAUUUAAUCUAAUGUAUGUCUUAUUAUAUCAACAUAGAUGCAACGAAUUCUUAAGUAGUGUGGUUAUGUAAUUAAAGAGUUCUCAGACUAAGAUUAAUUAUACGAGUUAGCAUUAAUAUUAAUUAAUUACUGUACUUAAUAUUAGCUAGAGACUACAAUAGUUUUAACAAAACAAUUAUGGGUCAAAAUGAUACAAAUAAACAAAUUUCCCCUAUUGAUGUAUAGUUUAUUCAUCAAUUUCACUUCUGUGAAUUAUGAUCAAGAUUCUCCAGCUUCAGAGUUGACUACUGAGAAGCAUUUAAUCGAAAUUGGUUUAUUGAAUAAUAUGAUGGUUUGGUUAUCAAACUUAUCAGAUGAAAAUUUAAUUAUCAAGAUAUAUAAAUGUUUGAAUAACGUUCUGACUUUCUAAUAUCCAUAAUUAGCUAAUGUAGUGAUUUAUCACUUUUUGCCAUUCCUCAACCUAUUUUUAGAAGGUUAAAUGAUUUAGAAAGCAGAAUUAGCUGAUGAAUUUUUGAUUUUAGUGAAAAACCUAAUUAAAUUUUAGAAAUUAACCGAAAUAAAUCUCAAUUAAAUAUUCAUAGAAUAAAAUGUUAUGUAGUAAAUUAGAGUUAUAUUAUUGUAGAGCUGUUUCAAGGCUUGCAAUCUUUUGAAUUUAUUUAAUUCACUUGAUCUCUUAUCAAUAGAGUUUAAAUAUUCAGUAUUAAAAAGAAUUGUUGAGCAUCAAAUUGUUGAUAUUCUCAACAUGUUAUAUACAAAAAAUAUAAUUACAGAUGAUUGCAUAGACACUCUCAUGGAAUAAAUAGCGAAAUGGGAAUCGGAAACUAAUAAAUUGAAUUAUUCAUGA